UGCCGGCGCGGCCCGGAACACGCUAGUGGAGCGGAAGAUGGCGGCGGCAGCGGUGGCUGCAGCCGGGACCCCAGCCGGGCUCCAGCGGAGGAGCCGCAGGCUCUGACCUCGCUCUGGCUCCGGUGCGCGCGGUGGAGCGUGUGCGAGGCCCCGCGCGUCGGGCAGGGGCGGCGGCGGCGACGGCGCGCCGCCCUGAGGAGCGCCCGGGUGGCGGCGCGGCUGCGGCUGAGGAGAGAGCCGGCUCCGGGCCUCCGCGUCCUCCUGCUCUGCGCGCCCCCCGCCUCCUCGGGGGGGCGGCGGCGGCGAUGUUCUCGGUGCUGUCGUACGGGCGCCUGGUGGCCCGCGCCGUGCUCGGCGGCCUCUCGCAGACCGACCCCCGGGCCGGCGGCGGCGGCGGUGGCGGCGGCGGCGGCGGCGACUACGGGCUGGUAACGGCCGGCUGCGGCUUCGGCAAGGACUUCCGUAAGGGCCUCCUGAAGAAGGGCGCGUGCUACGGGGACGACGCGUGCUUCGUGGCCCGGCACCGCUCGGCCGACGUGCUCGGGGUCGCAGACGGUGUAGGAGGAUGGAGAGACUAUGGAGUUGAUCCAUCUCAGUUCUCAGGGACUUUAAUGCGGACAUGUGAACGGUUAGUCAAAGAAGGACGGUUUGUACCCAGUAAUCCCAUUGGAAUCCUCACUACAAGCUACUGUGAGUUGCUGCAGAAUAAAGUACCUUUGCUUGGUAGCAGUACCGCGUGCAUUGUGGUGCUGGACAGAACUAGCCACCGCUUGCACACGGCUAACCUGGGGGAUUCGGGGUUUCUGGUAGUCAGAGGCGGUGAAGUUGUGCACCGAUCCGACGAGCAGCAGCAUUACUUCAACACUCCAUUCCAGCUCUCAAUCGCACCGCCUGAAGCCGAAGGAGUCGUCUUGAGUGACAGCCCGGAUGCUGCUGAUAGCACAUCUUUUGAUGUCCAGUUAGGAGACAUUAUCCUGACGGCAACAGAUGGACUCUUUGACAACAUGCCUGAUUAUAUGAUCCUGCAGGAACUAAAAAAGUUAAAGAAUUCAAAUUACGAGAGUAUCCAACAGACAGCAAGAAGCAUUGCUGAGCAGGCUCAUGAGCUGGCUUAUGAUCCCAAUUAUAUGUCACCUUUCGCACAGUUUGCAUGUGACAACGGACUGAAUGUGAGAGGUGGAAAGCCAGAUGAUAUCACCGUCCUUCUGUCCAUAGUGGCUGAGUACACAGACUGACUCGCCCGAUGUCAGCCCCUGCCUUUCCUUUUCACCGUCCCUGGCUCCCUCUUGCCGUUUGUGUUGAUCCUGCUGGCAGGACCACGUUUCUUUGCCACUGAUCUCAAUGGCCAGUGAUGUAAGCCUUUUGCCCGUCUUUUUGAGACCCUAUUGAGAUCUUUGUUGAAAACCACUACUGUCGUUCGCGAGUUCAUAUCUGCCAGCAGCAUUUGAAGAGAAUCCAGAUCUUUGAAGAUUGGUCUUCGUGUCUCAUUGUCCCUGUCCAUGGUGGGGUGGAGAUUUUGAAAGCCAGAGCUGGAUAUUUUUUAAAAAAUGGUUCAAGUAUUGCAAAUGAAUGUUGUUGGUAAAGUGAAUUCAAAAUUACAAUGUAUAAAAGGGAUCUUAAAAGUCAACACAAAUUGUAUGUUAUGGUACAUCUUCUAGAACCAUUUUUCAUCAAAAGAAAUGUUACACAUGUACUAUACAGUCUGUUAUGAUGAUUGGGUGUGGCUUUGUGUUUUUAUUAUAAACUCCUAUUUUUGAGGAGCUAAUAAUUCUGCUCUAAAACACUGCUCCGGGUUAUGAAAUCUUGAUCCAGGGGCCUUUUGUUAUAAAUUGUAAAGAAAAAAUUCAGUUAAGCUGUUGGAUGCAAAUGUGUCAUGGUUUUAAAAAGAUGCUUAAUAAUACUAUAAUGAAAGUGUUGGCAGUUUACUGAUUAGUUCAGUUCACAUGCUGGUGGCCUGAUCUGCAGGAGGACUGGGGUACCAGACUUGUAAGGUGGAGCUAGUGCUUGAGAGUACAAAACUCUUCCAAGCCUAGGAAUUUACCCUUCGGCUGAAUCCCUCUGCUCGUUCACUGCAGGGAGCUCUAGACUCUGGCCCUGAGGGGCUGAGUGGGGGGCAGCUGUAACUGCAGGCUGCUGGCUCCUGGUGGGCCGGCUACUCCCGGUCUCGCCCUCAGACCUUGUUCGAGUAGCCUGGCUCCACGCCCGGAAAGAGCACGGCAGAGGCAGCAGCCCAGGAACCCACAAGGAAAACUCCUGGCGACGAUCUGGCAUUUGCAUUCGCCCUACACAGAAUUUAGGGGGUUUGAAUCAAGCUUAAUGUUUACAGUUUCCAAAUAGCCAUCCUGCAGUGUAUAGUUUCCUUAUAAAACUCUCCCGCAUUCAGUUUCCCAUUAUCUGUAAGCCCAAACAUAUUUUUAAGGUUUGUGUACAAGUCAACUGCUGUAAAGAUAUAUAUUUUUGGGUCAAUUUUUUUCCUUCAUUAACUUGGUGGUAGAAAAAUAUAUAUACUUAGAAAUCCUUAAAUUAAAGCCAUGUUUUAUAUAAGUCAGGUAACAUUGGUGUAUAGAUGAGAAUGCAAUUAAACCUGAUCAGAAUCUACUUGAGGAGAAAAUAGGAAGUCUGUUUCUCUAAAGGAGAUACUACCUGGUUUAUUGCAUUAAAACGUUUAUGUUUGAGGUUACCUCAACUUGUUUUAAAGGAUUUUGUUUUGUGAAUUUGUACUGUAUAUUUGAGUAACUGUCAAGCUUUUAUUUUAUUUAAAAUUGUUUAACAUGUACCAUGUACAUGUCAUUACUAUAUUUCAAUGCAUCAUGCUUGUAACAGGCAUUUCAUUUAUAAUAAGAAUGAGUUAUUCAUUUGUAAGCUGUUCAGUAAUUUAUCUACUAUUCCUAAAUUGGCAUAAUGUUAGAUAUCUAUUUUGAAUCACCUUUUAAUUACAUGUCAGAAUGCCUUAACUACCCUAACUUGACAAAACAAUUCUUUGGUAGAAAUGGGGGCUGGUGGGGGGACUUUAAAUCAUGAGAACCCAUCGUGCUGUGAUAAAACACGGAAACGUGAGUGGUGAGUGGCGGGUAUUUAUUUUGCACAAACUAUUUGCAGUCUCUGUGUUUUAAGUAAAGAAAGUUGCAUCCAGAAGGGGCUUGUUGGAAUUUAUUUAUACUUGGCUGACGACCCUAGUUCUCUCGUGGUUUUGAUAAUUUCUGGUCAGAGGUAUUUAUAUAGCCUUAUGAUCUGGAUAUAUUUCGCAUUAAUUUUCCAAUGCCUACAUUUAAUCCUAGUAAAAGCUGUACAGGUUCGGUCGCUGGCUUUCUCUGCUCUCAUUUAACCAAUCAGAUACAAUCUUUGUAAAGCUAGAUUCACAUGACCGUGAGUGGUGGUGGUUCAUAUGACUCGCUUAAUCAAUUUAGCCUUUGGAGAAAAGAUUGUUAGACACUGACCGUGUGUCCAGCAGUAUUGAACAUAGCGGGACAAGAAUUACAUUUUACAGUGGGACUGACUUGGGGCCUGGCCUGUAGAUUAGUGACACGAUUUGUUUUUCUCUCUGUUCUUUUUACCUUGCCCUUUUUGUGUUACGCACUUAGGGCUGCUGGGAGUCCGCUGGAGUGCUACGUACCAGGCGACUCUCCUUCACUCUGCUAGAGGCCUGUUGGACCUAUCCUGGAAUGUUCCAGGUCACAAGACCCAAGUUUCUGUGUGUUGUGAUUGAGAUAUCACUUGGUGGGUCUGAUUCUGAACUUGAUGUGUGUGUCAAUUAUAUUGUAAGUGAAACAGUAUAAAAGCAUACACAUUGCCUCACGUAAUGGACUUUUAUAUAACAAAAGAGAGAAUCUGGAUUUCUAAUUUACAAAUGGCAAAUUAUCCCUCUCUGGAUGCACCAAAGACCAGUAAAGUUUAUAGCUUUUCCAUCUAUAUUUAUAAAGCAAUACUGUAUUAUAAAAAAUUAAUAUUUUUAUCACAUGCUUGAAAUUUUUAUUUUGUUCUGUUUUAAAAUGUGCACUCUAAACAUAUCAGAACCUUAUUUCUUCUGUGAAUUUAAGCUGCCUGCGCACAAAAAAAUACAUAUAUACAGAAUGAAAAUGAAGUUGAGUCCAUAGGGUCUUAAACAUGGAAAGACGAAGUGAAGUGGGAGGUAGGGUGUUUGAAUCACUGUACUGGCCUGACAUGCUUGAUGGGGACUAAAUCACAAAAAAAUCCAUUCCAGGGUUGUGUGUCUGAGGGUUGUGCCGUGUCUGGGUUAGAAACUAGGUUUCCAGCUGUGCCUGGUGGGAGAGAGUCCUGUUGUGCAGGAUAGAACAGGUAGCCAUCAGCACCACCGACCUAUCACAUCAAGCACCAUGACAGGAAUUGUGGGAGUUUACUGAGUCCGUUUUGAGUUUUGGAGAUCGUAAACAAGAUUGGGUAGAACUGUGAAUGUUUGUACUUUUUAAUAAGUUUGUGGAUCCUUGUCACCUUACACCAGCUCUUAUUGGUAGAAGCUACAUGCAGCAUCCAGUUUUCUUGAAACUCACACUUUUACAUUUAACAAAUUUUACAAUAUGAAAAAAAUUGCUUGUUAAACUGAAAAUACAAAGCAGAAAACAUUUUGAUUAUAUUUAUUUUUUUAAAAGUUUAAGUUCUUUGCAGAAUUGAUGAACUCAUCAACUAAAGGUCAACAGUGUCCAAGUCAAAAUUUUAAUUGUUAGCAGGUAGUUUGUGGCACAGAUGGUUAAAAAUAAUGAAGCAAAUUUAAAUUUGUGUAUACUAAUGAGCUGCUUUUUUUCUGUUGAGACUAUCAUUUGUCUUACCCAAGAGGCAAUGACCUGAAUUGGAUGUCUGAAUAUAACUUAUGCAGGAAUAGUUCUGUAAAUACAUUUAAAUAAACUGUAAAGAUAUUUAAUAAAUAUAGUAUUUAUACUAAUCUGUGUGUAUACUCCUUAAUUUGAAUAAUGACUAAAUAAAACGCAGGCCCUUGGUAGA